UAUGGCUAUAUAUUUUUAAGGUUCAACAAAAUGACCGACUCGGGAGAUAUUUCUGAAACAGCGACUGUUGAUACUAAGAAACAAGUCAAAGAGGUACUCGUGAUACAAGACGAAGGUUUCUUUGUACAUGACACUGGGGACACCUACAAUGGUUCUUUUGAGGUGAAGAAAAAAGAUAGAAGUAUAAAAAUGCAAGGUCCUGGGAUUUACACGACUGCAGAAGGCGACGCGUACGCUGGUUAUUGGGACAACGACAAGAUAGGCGUUAACGAUGAGGUGAUGAUAUCAUACCAAGAUGGCUCCAGGUACCAGGGUUUGUUGAAGGAUUGGUGCUACACCGGCCGCGGUAGAUAUUACUACCCAGACGGUACUGUACUGCAGUGCGAGUUUGUUGACAACUGCCCUGUCGGAAAUUUAACACUGAUAGAUCCCAAUGGACACACGUGGCUGGGAAAAGCAGAGCAUGGGUAUUGUUGGUUCCAACCUGUGAACCAUUUGUACGUUAUGUUGGAGGCUCGUAAACGGAGAUAUGAAACUAUGAAAGUGUUAACUUAGAGAUUUAUUUAUUUUAAUUGAAGAAUGAAUUGUUUCAAUAAAAUUAAUUUAAUUUUGAUUUAGUAA